GUGUCGCGGCGCCCGGCCCGGCCCGGCCCGGCCCGUUAAAGGCCCGGCGAGGGGCGCGCACCGCACUCGGGCGGGGGCGGCGGGGCCGGUGCCGGGGCCGCAGGAUGUACACGCUGACGCGCGGCCCCAGCAAGCUGGCCACGCAGCGCCGCACAGGUCCGACGCAGCAGGCGGUGGAGAGCAGCAAGCUGGGCGAGCUGCGGGGCCGGCUGCAGCCCGGUGCCUGGCCCCCCGCCAGCCCAGCCCAGAAACUCAUCUUCAACAGAGUGAAUGGCAAGAGGCCGCAGGUGCUGCCGCAGCAGGUCUCGGCCCCGGAGGAAUGCUACACGCUGGCUCACGAGGAAAACGUCCGCUUCAUCUAUGAAGCCUGGCAGCAGGUAGAGCAGCAGCUGGACGGCAGCCGGAGCGGGGAGAGCGCCUGCGGCCCUGUGCAGUACGUAGAGAAAACCCCCAACCCCGGACUGAAAAGUAAGUGGGAAGCGGUGGUGGCACUCAUGGGUGUGAUGAGCUGGUGUGGGCUCAGCUGGGCACCUGAGCAGGGCUGUGAUGGGAGGAGGAGGAUCCCAGUGCUGGAUGACCAGAGGGCUGGGUUGGGUCUGUCCUGCUGGUGCUGAGGCCGCUCGGGGAGUGCUGGGGGGGGGGGCAGCUGGCCCCCUGCACUGUGUUGGGGGUGUCCUGCCAUGCCCUGCCAGAGGAGCCCAAGCAAGCAGGAUGCCUGGCUGAUGACUCUUCUGGAAGCCACGCCUUCUCCAGCCCCCAAGGUGGGUUCAACAUCGCGCUGGCGAGGAGCCCCCCCGGGCCCUGCCGUGGGGACCUGCCUCUGCCGGGGCCAAGCAGGGCGAGCCGGAGCGCAGCAGGGAUGGGGACAGCAUGCGUCUCUGAUGGCAGCUGGGGUACGGGCUGUGAAUGCAGCCUGGGGGGUUUGCCCCAGCCGAGAAGGCUCCAAGAAGAGAGACCAGCCUUUUGGGGACAGGGCGCAGGGGUCAGGGAAGUUUUGGGGUGUCACUUUUUCCAGUGGCAAACAGUAUGGCUCAGGGGGAGCACCUGGGGCUCUGCUCCCUGCUCCAGCUGCUACGCUUGCCUCUUUCCCUCCCCUCUCUUUCAGACUUUGUUCCUAUCGACCUGGAGGAGUGGUGGGCACAGCAAUUUCUGGCCAAAAUUGAAAACUGUUCAUAAAAGGGAAGAAAGGUUUGGGUUUGGUGUUUUUAAGAGAAACAAAGCUGAGAGGAGCAUCUUGUCAGAACCCAGAAUCAGUGGCAUUUUUAGAACCACGUUUUUAAAAGAUGACUGAAAUCAAGUGACCCACGCUGCCAGCCCAGCGAGGCCAGUGGGACCGGACCACAGCCAUGCCCGGCCACACGCCCCCUCCCUGCGCCCGGCACGGAGGAGCAGCGUGCGGCCCCAGCCAGAAUUCCUUAAGUGCCAGUUCUCGGACCGCUGCAGCUCCUGCAGCCUCCAGCUCCCAGGGACACUGCGGUGCCAUGCUGGGGAUGAGGGAGCGGAUCCCCCCUGCGGCUGUGGCCACGGGGAGGACAGUGGAGUGCUGUAGCAGGACUGCCAGACAAUAAAGCGCUGAAACUGCCAGUGGA